AUGGCCGAGUCGAUCAGAGCUGCGCGCCCACUCUUGGAAGCCGCCAGUCUUGCCUCUAAUGACAAAGUUGCUCUGCUGGAGCAACGCUUGAAUGCUGUCGAAGGCCGACUCAGAGGCGAGAUCGAUGCCCUCAAGAGUACGGUCAAUGAGCUGCGGACCGCCAAUGUAUCUGAUAGUAGUCCAAUCGGUCUUUCGGAAAGCUCGAUUAGUUCUCGCUACACCUUGGGUACCAGUUCUCACAACGUCAUACAAGAUCGCGAUAAUGUGACAAUAGGAUCUGUCGGAGAACAGCAAUGGCAAGCGUUGCAUUCAUUCUACAACGAAAACUGUAAAACCGUGAUUGCCUUCAUGGAUGAUCAAUUCUACCCGCCAAAAGACCUUGUCAGACAGCACCCUUUACUGUCAACCGUCAUAUGCUUGAUUGCAUCGCGGGCCAUUAUGCCCGAAAGAUAUCAGUCAUUCCUUGAUGAGGCCGACGACCUGGUCAAGAAGACUUUUGGAGGUCCAACGCCCGAUCUCUUGACGGUAAAGGCUUUGAUGUUGCUUGCAGUUUGGACCGGACGAUCUCGACUUUGGGGUUACGUUGCUUCGGUCGCUGCCGAAUUAAGACUGAAUACCGCCGUCAUUCGCCUCGGAGAUGACGCAUUUCAACAUUCCGUCGAUAUUGUAGAUCAUGCAAGAACAUGGUUGUCAUUGUGCUGCUUCGAUCUUGUGAUGAACCUCAACCGUCCCUUUGUCAUUAACAGAAUGAGGGACUACUUGCCAUUCACGGCAAAUCUUCUUUCAUCACCACACCGACGGCCGGUAGAUUAUCGGAUUGCUGCAUAUAUUGAGGGAUUUGCUAUUGCUGCUGAUGCCAAAACACAAUUACAAAACACCAAACUCCAUGUCUCGCCACUGCCUUCUGAUGUAACAUCACUUUUGGACCUGUCAAAUCAAAAGAUUGACAGGUGGUUUUAUGAGAUUAACAACAAGAUGAAUCCUCUAUAUCAGACAUUCCAAGAUAGGCAGGAUCGGAACCGAUUCUUGGUACCGUACAGCUUCUUGAAAAUUUACAUUAAUGGCUUUGCACUUUACGGUGUGCAGCCGGACAGCGAUGCGCCAGACAGGAUUAGACUGGGAUAUGUCCAAGAAGCUCUGGACAGUGCCAUCCUAGUAAUCAGAACUCAAUGCGAUUCACCCGCUCUACGCAAAGGGCUCCGAUAUACAAUGGACUAUAACGGCAUCACCACGUACCAUGCGAUAAACUACAUUUUGAAGGCAAUGACUGCCGCGCACCAACAUCUCAACUAUUCAAUGGUAUUUCCCGCACUGCAUCAAGCUGCACAGAUGUUUGAAGGGGCCGGGUCAGUAGAUGCUGCGAAUGACAUUCGUAAAGAGCAAGAUAAAUUGGCCAUGCUCACGAAUACCGUCUUGUCACCCGAGGUCUUGGAACAUGGCAAUGCGGAAAGAGAAGCAAAUCAGCUUUUCGAUAUCCCCAGCUUUUGGGACGAAGCGAACUGGGACGAUGCAUUCCCCGAGAUGAAUGUGUACACGCUCGACUGA